AUGUUGUAGUAGAAAAAGAAUCUGAAACAAUAGAUGGAAAUGGUAAGGUAUUGGCAUUUGGCAGUAGAAAAGAAAAAAGAAUCCUCUCUUUCAUCAUGACGAGAACCUGACUAUUGCAAUUGUUUUUACGAAGGGCUUCUCUAGUGAAAAGCCACAGAAUAGCAAGGGAUUCCCGUGACUUUAACCUGCAACAAAGAUAAAUUAUCAUGGUUUUGCAUCAUCACUGCUGCCUCCCCUUUCCACCACUUUAACUCCUCCGUUCUGCCAUCCAUCACUCUUUUUUGUCUCUCUCUCUUGUAUUUCUUUUUCUUUUUUAGUUUUCAGUUCAUUUUGGGACUCUGUUGGCUCUGUUACGCUCAGUCUUCUCUCAAUAUUAAAGCCCCACGACUUUCCAGAAACCCCCCCACCAAAGGCCCCAACUUCACUCUCAAUCUCUUUCUUUUCUCCCUGUUUGUGUUGCUACUGGCCUGCUGUUUGUAGUCCGGGAGUCUUUCUCUUAAUUACUAGUUAGUGUACUUAAGAGUCUUGCCUGCCAAUUUUGGCUAAUUUAAGUGACAGAAAAAUGCCUACUUCAGCUUCAUUUUUGAGGCAGCUUAGUGGAAAAGAAGCUUGGAAAUCCACAUCCUGGAGGUGGGGAGGGAACAGCAGAUAUAACAACGUCGGUGGGAACAGUUCUGGUAGGUUUGAGACAAGCUUAACUCAGAUGGAAGGGCUUAACAUGUAUGGCAACGGUGUUGAUAAUGGCUUGGUGAUAAGGAAGAGAGUGAUGGUUGUAGUGGAUCAAAGCUCACAUUGUAAGCAUGCAAUGAUGUGGGCUCUUACUCAUGUAGCUAACAAGGGUGAUUUGCUUACUUUACUUCAUGUUAUAUCUCCUAGCCAAAAGAGUUCCGAGUCUUCAUCUUGUUCUCCUUACCUUGCUAACUCUCUUGGGUCACUCUGCAAGGCUUGUAAACCCGAGGUUGAAGUUGAAGCACUGGUUAUCCAAGGGCCUAAGCUGGCGACAGUGAUGAGCCAAGUGAAGAAGCUAGAGGUUUCCGUGCUGGUACUGGGUCAGAAAAGGCCAUCUCCGUUCUUAAACUGUCUCUGCGGGACCAGCAGCUCUGAGGAGUUUGUGGAGCAAUGCAUCAAGGGUGCAGAUUGCUUAACCAUAGGGGUUAGGAAGCAGAGCAAAGGCGUCGGUGGAUACCUUAUCAGCACUAGGUGGCAGAAGAAUUUCUGGCUCCUGGCUUAGUUCUAGUUAAUUUUAUAUGGACUGUUAUUAACUAAAUAUAUAAAUAUAUAUGAUUCCUAGUUAGACACCCCAGGAAAGCGUAUAAAAUCACUCUAAUAAUAGUAUUAGCUUCUGAUCUAGGCUUCACCUUAUGUAUAACUACUACUGACUAGAUUUUGCUUUGUACUCUUCAUCUUUGCCAUAAAAAAACGAACUCCUCGUGCCUAUGUCUUGCUCUAAUGAAAUUGAGGUUAUUGCUCUUCCAAAA